AAAAAGAAAACUGAUGUUAUUGAAGUUGUUUUUGUUGAAGACAUAGAUGUUAGUGAAAGACCAGAGUGUAUUUGGAAGAAAAGUUCUACAUAUUUAGGGAUUCAGAGAUAGUGGUGAUACAGUGAAGAUGAGGUACAAACCGGGAUUGAAACUGUCUGAAUCAAGUCAGUUCAAAUUUAGGAAUAUCAGUGUAUAUGCGGAGCCAAAGAAUGAGACUUUGGUAUUUCCUGAUUGCCAUAGAGAUGAAACAGAGUUGAUGACACUUAAGUAUAUGGUGUAUAAGGGUUUGUCUAUGGAUGUUAAAGAGAAGUUUAAUUUAUAUUGGUUUAAGGAAGAAUGUCUGCCACUGCCAUUGUUAAACAAUGAUGAGUUUGAUAAUUUUUGGGAGGAUUCUUUUGUAAAUGAGGAUGGAUGUAUAUGUUUGUGGAUGGGGAUGAAAGACACAGUGUUUGGGACUCCAAAGACUACACCAAAGAAGAAGACAGUUAGUAAGGGAACCACCCCUAGAAGAGCUGAAACAAAGGAAAAUUGGAUCAUUUUUUUGAAGCAUUUGAAGGAUGCAAUAUUAGCACAUCCAGUGAAAGUGGCUUUCAUUUCAGAUAGGCAAAAAGGUUUAUUGGAAGCUGUUGGUAUAGUGUUCCCUUGCCAUCACCACAGAUACUGUUGGAGAUCAGAUAAAGGCCUUAUGUUAAUUGCAAUGUGUUAA